AGCAACAUUUGGCAAGGUCAGCAGCAGCAGCAUCGUCAUCAGAACAUCAGGGGAAGAAAGUUUAGGAUUUGAGUGCAGAUUUGUUUAGUUCGCGUUGCUAUUUUCGCGGUUAUCUUGAGUACUGUGUAUCGUAUAGCUGCCUAAAGACACAGCAGUGCGAUGGUUUACCUGCAUUUCCCGUCCCAAUACACUGAAGAAGAGGACAUGCUACAGAAAAAGUACCAGAAACUGAAACGCAAGAAAAAAGCAUUGCAGCAGACCAAAACUCCCAAACAAGAACCGCCGCCGGUCCAAACCACGCUGCGAAAAGGCCACGACCAGGUGUCGGAGUCUAAACCAGAUGCAAAAGAAGUCGCCAAGAAGUUGCUGAAAUCGGGGGCCAUCAGUGCCAUCAAAGUUGAAAACAAGGAGCGGCAUGGAUUCAAGCGCUCUAAGGCGUCGGAACGCAAGCGUAGCCUGAAUGACCGCCCUGGAGGCAUCGGGUAUCAGCCUUACGCCGCAAACCACCCUACAGAAGAUGACUUGGAGGCCACUGGCACAUCGUCAUCGUCGUCAUCGUCACGCCCCGCCAUGAAGUCGCUCUACGAAAGUUUUGUAAGCGGAGGCAAUUUGGAUGAGGACGAUCCAAAGCACUUGGAGUCACCACGGGAGUCGGCACCUGAAAAGCCGCGGCAGAAGAACACACUUUACGUGCACGGUGCCGGUGUGAGUGAGGACCUCUUGCGGGGAGCAUUCGCACCAUUUGGUGCACUCUUGAAUAUCUCCAUGGAGCUUGACAAAAACUGUGGGUUCGUUACCUUUGAGAAGAUUGACUGUGCAGAAAAAGCUGUUCUUGAGAUGAAUGGUGCUACAGUCUCUGGAAUCAAAUUGAGGGUUUCCUUUGCUCGAAGGCAGCCUCUGAUACCACAGUCAUCCGACGGUUCGCCGACAACUUGGGGUACUAUGGCAUCCAAUUACGGCCAAAAAGGUGGAAGCUCUGACAACAGGAAAGCCGUCCUCUACAAUGAUCUUGAUUUGUUCUAAAGUGGCUACAACUUUGUCUACACCUGUGCUAAAUCCCUUCUGAAGCAUUAUGCUCUGUGCAUCUCUCACUGAAGCCACCAGAGCAAUGAUCACUGCCGAGGACUCGCGCUUACCACCAACUCUGUCAUUCUCAUAGAACUGUGACAUCCCUCUGGCUACACCCUUCAUUGGUAUUGUAAAGGCAUCGGAAUAGAGUCUUCAAACCAUCCCAGCCUUGGAGUCUCAAUACAGGGUCCCUUAUGCAUUCGCCCGAGACGA